ACAACGUGGAAAUAACGUGCAAGCAUCAUGUCAUCGUCCCGUCGCUCUGCUCGGACAACAGCCGAGCAAUACGAAAUAAUGGUGCAGUAUAUGCAGGAGCACGAAAACCUCCUGCGAGGCACAUUUUCUCCCGCGUAUACUGCACAACAGCGUGAGAGGGAUUGGGGGCAAUUAGUGGAGCGCCUGAACUCUGCGGGGGGUGCUGUGAAGACGGUGGAGAGGUGGCGAAAGGCAUGGCAGGAUUGGAAGUCAAAUGUCAAGGCCAAGGCAGCCAGGAUACGAUCAUCCAGGAGUAGGACAGGGGGUGGGCCUCCCCCCAAAGAGCAGUUUACCCCUGCAGAGGAAGUGUUAGUUGGUCUCCUGGGAGAAGUCUCCAUCGUUGGGGUGGACACGACGGCUGAACUGGGCGUAAGCCUUGAAGAACAAACCCAAGCUACCGGUUCAGCUGCUGAGCUACGCCGCGUAGUAAUACACGAUGGGGCUACAGCAGGUGGAGCAGGGAAUGUUUCCCCCCCCUACAUCACAGGAGACCGAGAUAUUGUCCCCCUCAGUGACAGCAGCAGACAGUGGUCAACAGGACAACCCUCCUUCAUCCCCGCAUAUGCCACAGGAGGGGCAAAGUGAGGUACGCGAGCCGAGGCACCGGAGGAGAAGCAGGAUCAGUAAGAUUAGUUUACAUGCAAUUGUUUGUUAUGUCUUAAGUUUUGUAGCGCUUGCAUUUGCUCUGUGUUGAUGCAGUAAAUCACACAUACAGGGGCUCUCAGGCAGCAGUAUCAAAACGAGGUCGGCCAAAGCUUUAUCAGCCUGCAAAGGGAACAGCAAGCACAGUUACGACAAAUAUGCGGCUCCCUGACAGCACUCGUGGGUGCAGUCAACAGGUUGGCUGAUGCAGCCGAAGAGCUCCGAGAAAUCAAGGACCUCCUCACCGUAACCAUUUAUUUUAUUGCCUUUAUGAAAACUUUCCCCUGAAGUAUGGAGGUACAACAUGCACGUACUAUCAGGCUUGCUAACUAGCGGGCUAUAAAUUUGCAAUACAAUAAAUCUUUGCCGUAAUGAGCCUGACCAGAAUGUUAUAGAACAUUUCUGGAGAAUGAAACGAAAUAUAUACAGAAUGCUUUGUUGUUGAACUUCCCUCAUGAAAAAUGUUUAGCUGUUGAAUUAUCUCAUAAAAUGUAUAGAAUGGUUUGCUGUUGACCUUCACCAAUCAACACUUCAUGAUAGAAAGGUCGAAAAAUGCUAUACACAUUUAUUUCGGAGCAUUUAAUUUGGCUGUGUUCAUCACAACACCGUAGCAUGACUAAUGCAGUUGCAAGGUCUGCGUACCGGAUACCUUUACUCCAUCUAUUCUCCAGUGAGCUGUCUAGCGACAUGAUCACGAACUCUUGCACCUGCGGAACGGGAAACCUCCUCCCUUUCAUUAUGAUUGGUCAAUGUGUCGAACAUUCCGCUGUCCCCCUCAAUUUCGUCUUCUAACCUUAAUCCCUCACUCAGACAAAUGUUGUGGAGUAUUGCACAUGCGUUAACAAUUUGUCCCACCACACUCUGUGCGUAAUGCAGCACUCUGUGCCUGUGAAGGCACCGAAACCGGCUUUUGAGAAGGCCGUUACACUGCUCAAUUAUAGCCCGUGCUUUCUUGUGCCGUAUGUUGAAAUUUUCCUUGUACGACUCAUGUGCUGUCUCGGAUUCGGAGUAUGGUACCAACAGCCAUGGCUCGAGAGGGUACCCACUGUCUCCUAUAAAGAAAACAGUGUAUCACGUUUGCCCCAGCGUAAAGAAGUCACUAUUACCAAUCAGCCAGGAAUUCGAACUCGGGAUUCGAUUGCUUGCAAGAGCCUCCCGUACAGCUGAAUUCCUCCAUAUGAAGGAGUCGUGCGUGCUCCCAGGAUAUUUGGCGUUGACGUUCAAAAUUUCAAGCUCGGACGUGCAAAUCUGUAGAAUGAGAGUUCAUAAUCAGAUAUGUUGUAGUUAUUUUGUAUUACAACUACUCUUUCAGGUAUCCUUGCAGCGGUAGCAGUGCAAGUAAAGAAAGUU